CUUUCCUUCACUUGUUCACCAUUAAUUCAACGUAGUAAAUGCACAAGCACCCUAUUCAACCCACCGCUGAUACAUCUCCGCCGCACUGCUUUGACUCGCCAUGACCCCACCAGCUAUCACCGAACAAUCCCUGCUUGCCGAGUUCGGCAAACUAGUAGACUGCGACCUGAUCCGAGCCAUCUGGUCUGAGCAGAGGAACGACCCGGCCAAAUGCCGCAACAUCGUCAUCAUGUUGAGCGGCACAGACCCACCUGCAGGUGAGGCAGUGAGCCACCAGGACUCAUUGGAUUCGUACUCGUCCUCGGACAUGGGACUCACGUCUUCCGAGCUCAGCAGUGUGCCAUUUUCACUAACAGUCACAGAGUCUGAGACAUGGUCAGUGGACAUGCAGAACUCAGGCCCACAGUCGACAGCGACAGCUUCAACAUGUGCUCCUAGUAUUGAUGCGAUUACGUCUGCCGACACCUUGCUGGAAUUUCUGCAGGCAUGCUUCCCCGAGUGCAGCAUGGACUACCUGCGCACCAAGGCAAAUGAAGUUUACCAGACGGACAGCAGCGACUUCCGGGCGGAUCCAGUAGAGGCAAUCGACAUUAUCAGCAACGCGCUAUACAACGACCUCGAGAGUGUUGAGAACCUGCAGUACCAGCAUGCUGCUCAGGGAAAGGGUUCAGAAGUCAGUCGCGGUAAGCAAGCAGGAGUUGCUGACCUCACCAGCACCGCAUUGGAAGAUAUUGAGUCCAAGUACACAGUUGCAGGGGCAGAAUCCAAGAAGAAGAAAAAGAAGCAGUCGAAAAACAGGGAGAGCCACGCAAAGACCAAGUCGCAGUUUGCGCGUGCAGCAUACCAGACAGCGCAAGGGCCGAGCAACGCAUGGAGCGAAAUCAAUGAGGAGCUGCGGUCCCUCAGCAACAUCUUCCCAAAUCUUGCGGUGGGCACCGUGCGGACCACAUACCAUGAAUGCGGCGCUGACAUUGACGCAACCGUGGGGAAGCUCGCCGAGAUUGCAGAGAAAGUCUCUGCUCGAAAGAAGCCCACAGGUAGACCGAUUCAGGGUGCCAGGAACUCAGCACCUGCGCCAACUACCCCCCAGCACGACCCAAGCAUGACUGCGGAGUUCAUUAGUCAGCUCAGACAGAUGUUUCCAGAUCACGACGAUGAGGUGCUGCGCAAUGCCGCAGCAGAGGCCAUUGAUAUUGAUGACGCAGUGACUAAGGUGCUGAAGGCAGUCGAGGACCAGUCUGCAGCGGCUACCAAUGGCAAAAAGAAGUCGAAGAAAUGGCGGCGCGCCGAUGAUCUAGCCAACCACCGCCUGACAGCUGCUGGGUCUGGCUCAAGUAGCGUAAACGCACACGACCCGCUGGCGCGCGUUCCAAUGGCAGCGCUCUCUGGCGAAGCUCGCGAGUGGAUCGCUGACCACCAUGUGGACUCUGCGUACUGUCGCCGCAAAGCGCAGGUCCAGCUGGAUAAGCGCAACGAGCUGUACCGCAAGGCAGCGGCGGCGUACACGCAGCGGACCAAGGCUGGCAGCCACAGCGCGACAGCGCUCUACUACUCAAUUGAGGGCCACAAAUGUGAUGCACGUGCGCGUAUUUGGAAUAUGCGCGCGGCCCAGGCAACAGUGGCAGCAAUGAAGCACACCGACAGGAACACUAUUGAUUUGCAUGGCCUGACACGGCCCGAGGCUGUUGCGCUGGUGCAGGAGGAGGUCACGCUGUGGCACCUGCAGAACCAGAGCACUGACGUGGCCUCGCGCAAAUCGCACCCACUGCACAUCAUCACUGGGCUCGGAACCCAUUCGACUGAUGGCAUGCCGCGGAUCCAUCCGUCGAUUGUCAAGGUCCUCAGGAACGAGGGUUGGUGGUUUGAGGAAGGCAAUGGGUUCAUCAAUGUUAUUGGCGUGCGCGAGGGCAAUGUGCUUGUCUGAGCCGUAUCUAUAUAUCCACUACUUAAUAUUACAAGCGUGAGAUUACACCUAGCAUAAGAUAUGUCCAACCAUGGGCCGUGCGACGAGCCCUUAGUACUGGUACGGGGUCUGAUCGAUUAGCUACAUAUUAGUCUUUUCGCAUAUUAUUUAAACAAUAUGCUUGUCGCCUCAAUCCCAAUGACGACUGUUGAACCAGGAAGGAAUAACUAG